AUGUUGAGACAGCCUGCCUGCCUUCCCCCGGCGAAGCGGAGCAAGCAGACAUAUGACUUGAAGCUUACAGAGGAAGACUUCGCCGAUGAUCAGAAGCAGGAAGUUGGAUCUCCUGAUGAACAAGAAGUUUGGUCGCCUUCGUCGCCAGAGACUGAUUGCCGAUACUCCCCGAUUCCUUCUGAGGAGGACCAGCUGAAAACAGUCCUUGCGAAUCGGAAUGUAGAGCCUAACACAGGCAUUUCUCUUCCCCAUGAUGAGACAAACAGGUAUCUUGAAUCGAUCCUUGUUCGCACAUCACUGACGCUUGGCUCGAAACGCAGAAAACCAACCAACCGCUCGGUUCCCGAAAUGUCAUUCUCGAGUGUGAUAUCAUCCCUUUGCCCAUCUAGAGCGAAUGAGUUUGAAGGGGAGAUGGUCCCUUCAUGCAUGCAUGAAGAGUUUCCCAUCGCAAAUAACUCGGCCGCGCAAAGUUUCAACGGGAGUUCACUCGGCUCGGACAGCACUGACGAUACUGAGAGCGCAAAGGCGCACUCCAUAAAUUCAAGGAGGACCGUAUGCUCCUGCAGCUCCUCCGAGCCUGCUGAGUCACCGAGGAAUCAAAGAAAGGCGCCGAACCUUAACGCGUCGGACUUCAGUGUCAGUCAUCCCGAGGGCAUGUCGUUCGAUAGCAUUUUUGGCACCGGCACUGAGGAAACCGAAGACAUCUGGAAAAGCAAGGACGCAAACGAUAAAGAGAAAUGCUCUCCAAAUGACAAUGCUCAGGAUUCUGGCGUGGCAGCCAAUGAACAAAGGGACAAGACGAAUUGCAGGAAGCAUACAACUCAUGACUUUUUCAUUUACUGCAAAAACUCCGUGCUCAUGGUAGUCGGACAGCAAACAACCACCAUGAUCAGCUUUCGUUCGGGAUCUCCUCCUUUCAUGCGCGUACAGGCAGGAGGAGCUUCUAAGAUCGAGCAAGGAACAACAUACCAGACAGUUGCGUACUGCGACGUCACCGACUACCCCACAGACGACCAGGUGCAUCUGCUUAUUGUAGAAGUGAGGGUGAAGCCAGGGAGGGUCAGGGUGUGGAUAGAUGGGAAGCAGGUGGGGUCGGGGGAUGCUCCGUUUGGAGAUCCGCUGAGAGACGACGAGUGGUGUGAUGAGCAGGUUGGGAGGUUUGCAGUCAACACAUCAUUCGUAAGCUAUGCCGGGGAGAGCUUCGAUCCAUGGCCGAACGCUGCUGCAACAGUCUCCUCGGAUCUCUACUUUUUCGAUUCCAAGGUGAAGUUGCAAGACAUACCGGGGUUGAUGACGUUUACACGGGCGUUGAGUACGACGAGCAUUGGAAACUCCUCUGGAUCUCAGAAUGGGACCAGCGCAGGGGACGUGGUAGGUUCAAACAAGACAGCAGGCUGCACGAAUGAGACCAGCAACAUUUCAGCUUGUAACGAAACGACUGGUGUUUCGACUCCUCCGAAAAUGUACUCAGUCACGCCAUCCGUCUGUCAAUUCUUCGGAGGGAACAUCCUCAGGGUUUUCCUCAACAACGACACCUUCCGGAAUCUUUCGAUGUCCGCCAACUUUGUGCCACUCAAGUACACGAAUUUGACUCUGAGUAGUGUCUUGGUACGAUGUCCCUCCUUCUCGCAGAUUGGGUUGAAGGGAAACAUAACAGUCAACCUGUUUGAGUCCGACGUCGUCAUUGGCUGCUUCUUGUUUGUCUUUGCUCCGCGUCCCACCUCAAUAUCUCCCAACAUCUUCUUCCAAGGAGGCGAGCUGGUCACCAUAUCGUCCGAUUUCUCCCUCUUUGCCAACCUUACAUGUUUCUUCCUCUUCGGCUCAACUCAAGCCAUCAACUUCUCCAUCACAGACAGCCAGUUGACUCGAGCUGAAGCAAUUGUGCCAGACUUGCUAGUCCCAUCGCGAUCAGAGCUCGUAGCGAAUUGCUCCGGAGACGUCAAACACCUUAACGCUUACAUUCGGCUAGUUGAUCGACCGUCGAUGGGCACCGUUACUGUGCAGGGAGAAGCAUGCUACUGGUACUUAGGGUGCAAGUUGCAGGUCGUGAUGAACAGUUUCUUUGGAGACAUCAAAUCUGCAAAACUUGACGUGUACAAGGUUGUUUCGACGAACUCCAAGCAGACAGUCAUUGAUGUGUAUCUCCCAGCGCUUGAAUCCGACGGCAAGUGGGAAGGCAUCAUCAUCCCCAGCAACAUCCCCAGCAACAUCUUGAGGAGUGAGGUGCAGUUGGCGUUUCCCAUCCCCCUCUCUCGCCCACCUCCCUCCAUCUUCCGCAUCCUCCCGUCUGCCGUGCAGCAGAACUCACCAACGGCGAUGAAAGUUUGGCUGAGAGGCUUCGACGCGUUUCUCUCCGUUGCCGACGCGAACGUCUCUAUCGCUGGUCAGGACGCCAUCGAGCACGUCAGCAUCGCCUUCUCUGACGAGUACGGGACCGAGAUAGAGGUAGCAGUUGGCCCCCUUCCUCCCGGCCUCUUCCUCCUCACCGUCAGUAGGAUCUCUCAGGACGUGUCCGCGUCUGCUCCUCUCAUCUCCUACGACCCGACCAUGGCGGCCGUCUCCCUCUCCUCCUCCGUCGUCCCCGCUGACCAGCAGCUCGACGGCCGCCCGGUCGCCUUCGACUUCGUCGCAGAGCUCGAAGUGCGGGUGACGAUCCCGAAGCCAGCGAGGGGAGACGCAAACGAAACGUCCCUCGUCUCCUACCUGACCUUCAACGACUUUUCCUCCUUCUUCGCGGCCUCCCCCAUCACCUUCGUGUGGCCUCCCCGCAUCCUCUCGUCCUCCUUCGAAUCGCUGGGCACGACGAUUCUCUUCCUCUUUGACCAGGACACCGACGCUCUCCUCGUCUCCUCCCCCUGCAGCGACUUCUUCCUCCUCCCCGACUCCAUUGGCAACAGCACCCAGUGCCUGUGGUCGGACCCUUCCCGGCUGCUGCUCCUCCUCCCCAGCAACUCGGCGUUGAGGCCUGGAGACAUGAUACAGGCCCGCGGAGGGCUGAAGAACAGAGGAGGGGAGAGUUCCCCUUCCUCCCCCCAGCUUGUGACCCUGCUCAGUCCAGCUGAGCUCAUCAUCCCACAGCUGGACAUCGCAGGACCCAACGUGAUCAGCAGCUGCGACGAGGCGACUCUGCGCGUCUCCUCUUCCUUCCCCCGCAUGUCUUCCUACUCCUGGGGCUGCAGCAAUGACGCAGAUCUGAACCAGCGGCUCAGCAGGGAGCAGGGAGACGCCUUGGUGCUCAGAGGAACAGAACUCAAACCAGCACUGACGUACGAGAUCGUGGUCGGGGGGACGAGCAUGUUUGGCGUUCAGGCAGCGUCUUCCUCCCACUUGCUGGAGCAGGCCGACACUUCUCUCCUUCUUUCCAUUCAACAGAUCUCUCCAGUCAUCAGCAGAGGGGAGAGCUUCUACGCAGCUGCCCUCCUGCAGCAGUCGAGCUGCCAGCCCCCACCUACCAGCUUCUUCCUCCUGUGGAGGAUCGUGGAGCUAUCGAGCAUGGACGAAAUCUUCCUCUAUAACUCCUCGGAAGUGGAACUCUACUUCCCAGCUGAUGUGCCAUGGAGAGAUGGGCAGACGUCCUACGUCCUCAGGGUCUCCUUGUACGCGGUGGGUCAGGGAGGAGCGAACGUGUUUGCAGAGAAAAGCUUCGAGCUGCGACCGGCUCCCCUGACCGCAGGAAUAGCUGGAGGCAACAGGACGAUCUGGAGGGAGCAGUCAGCAUUGCAGCUGGACGCCUCCUCCUCCUUCAGCAAGGCCCUCUGCCAGCAGCAGUCGAGCUGCUCGGUCGACAUCUUGUCGUUCAAGUGGAGCUGUUACCUGGCAGAUCAAGUCUGCCGCAGGAAGGGCGAUGGCGGUGUGAUGACGUUUGCAAACUCCGCAGUGAUCGAUGUUGACCUCACUCAGAUCGACAUCAACGACGAAGAACAGAUCAACUUCGCCGUCAUAGUCGAGUUUGGUGGCCAGCUCUCCUCCUUUGCUGUCGCCUACAACCUCUCCUCCGCUCCUCCCAUCAACACAGCAAUCAGCGUCGUUAGCCGGGACUCUUUCUGGGACAAGCUCGCGGUCGAACAGGAGGGAACAACCUGGACUUACAGCUGGUCUGUACAAGACUUGACUGGAAGGGUCCUCGAGCUGCAUCCCAGCCUCUUCCCAGCUGGCUACUCCUCGCCAGAGUUCAUCAUCCUCAGGGACAACCCGGAUGUCAAACUCGCCGCCUACGUUGUGACCCUCAGGGUGCUGGACGCCAGCUCGGGGCAAGAGGGAGCGGCGAGCAUGUGGUUUGUACGCAGCCUCCCCCCAGCUCCAGGCAGCUGCUCGUGUCAGGUUCGAGGAGCAGGAGCAGGAGGAGAGCCGGGGGUGACGUGCGAGUGCCGGCAAUGGUCUUCUACUAACCUCCCCAUCAUGUACUCCUUCGGCCUCAGCUCUUCUUCCAUCCUCGACGUUUCUUGGUCUCCCCCCUCCCUCUCCUCCUCAACCCAGCUGUUCCUCAGCAGCGGCAACUUCUCCAUCCUUGUGUCUGUCACCGACAGCGUAGGGUUGCAGAGUCUCUCCGAUGCCCAGCACGUCGAGAUCCCCCAGCAGGUUGUCAAUCAGUCGCAGACAGAGGACAGUAGCGUCAAGAGCAUGGAGACAGCGCUCGCCAAGCUCUCAGCUCUCCGCCAGCUCUCCCAGACCCUGCUGUAUAUCAACUCGGUGAUGCUAAGUCUGUUGCCCCAGCUCAGCCUCUACAGGAGGGGAGCAAGAAGUCUCCUCGCGUCUUCCCAGGCGUACAGGAUGCGUGUAAGAACGACGCUGCUCCGGAGCUUCGCGGGCGGCAGCGCCACGAGCGUGUCCCGGCGAAGCGCCUCGAGCAGCCUGCAGACGACCCUCCUCCUGCUCAACACGCCCGACGAGCUGAGCACAGAGGACGGAGCCACUGCGAGCAGCACCUUUUACUUGACCUUGCAGCAGGCGGACAACGUGUCUCUGAGAGGAGGAGGACUGCGCGACUCGUUCUUAAUCGUUGAGAACAUUUUCAUCUCUACUCGGCUGCAGAGCAUGGAGACACGGGACAGCGUGCGGGAGGGCAAUUUCAAGGUCCUCUCCUCCUCCCUUCCCAACUACACUCAGACCAUGUCGCCGUUCGAGCCUCCUGUCGUCUUUGAAGGCAAGUACCUGAAGCUCUCCUUCUCCUCUUCGGGGGUGGAGCAAAUGCGAGACUUUGGGGGAGGUGGAGCUCAAGUCUCCUUUCUCCCUCCAGCUCCUGCUGCUCGGAGAGCAGCAGCGGGAAGAGGAGGAGUUGCUUUCUUUGCACUGACUGACAUCUGGUACUCCAACCUCCUCCCCCUUUCAGACUCGCUUCAGCUCCUCUCGGACCGCAUGCUGGGCAUGCGCUUCCUCGCUGGCAGCGGCUCGUGCCCCGCGUCCUCCUCCUGCUUCAUCGUAGCAUUCACGUUCAACCUGACGGGGCGACUGAGUGAGGAUGAGGAAGCAAGCUUCCUGUGCGUUCUGUGGAGGAGCGGAGCAUGGAGGCAGGACGCUUGCUCGACGAGCUUCACCAUGACUGGAGGCGCGAUGAAAGGAUCCUGCUCCUGCCGCGAGGAUGGGAUGACUGCAGUCCUGAUGCGCAAGGAGAAGAAGAGCCUGCACUCCAUCAGUCAGAGUGUGUUCCGCAGCAGCAACUUCGCCGGCAUCGGUGGCCUCGUCAUCAUCCUCAUCGUGCUACUGUGCUCCUGGAUCUGCAUCCUCCUCCUCUACUGGGAGAGCAGAACGCAAGCCAUGGGCAAGAACGUCAGGGAGACGUCACAUGCUCUCGCAGGCCACAUGAUGAUGCUCAGAUUCGGCCUGUGGAACGAGGGGCACCAAAUCUUUGUCUCUUCCGAUGUCCUCUGCCCUCAGGCGCAGGACAAGACUGCCUUCCUCCUCGUCCUCGAGGGUCUCGACUUCCGUUCCUCCCUUGACCACGUCGCUCCUUGUUGGUUCUGCGAACCGACUUGGGGGAUGGAGGAAGGGCAGGAAGAGGAAGAGGACGAGGACGAGGAAGAGGAGGAGAAGGUGCUAGACGGAGGUGAGCAGCAAGUGCAUCUUAACGGCCAUUCAUCUCUGCUGACCGUCAGCUCGCCGUUGAGUCCCACGCAGGAGCGAGGGAGGGAUCUGGAGAUCAGCGCUGACGCUCCUCCCACUGUCAUCACCGUGGGCGGCAGCAGGAGGAGAAUGAGCUCUCUUACCUCCUCCGGCUCAGCUCUGUUGGUCAUCGACCAGAACCUAUGGAGAAGGUCCAGCUUUGCCGAGCUCGCCGCAGAGCGAGUCGGAGGAGCUGACCUGAUGCUCGUCUGA